AUGGUGGUCAUGACUAAACAUUGGAACAUAUUUAUUUUUAGUGCAAUUUCGGUGGAUUUUUGUAAAAUAUGUCUCAAUCACACUCUUUGCAAAUACAAGACACAAGGGCCCAGUCCUUCCUGCAAAUCUUACGAUAGCUCAGCAUUACUCACAAGUCAGGAUAUAAUUGAGCUAGUUAACAAAAUAAAUGAAAGGAGGAAUUUUGUUGCUAUGGGCCACUCAAGAUUUCUUCCGCAAGCUGCUGAUAUGAAAAAAGUCAAAUGGUCCAAUCUGCUGGCAAUUUCUGCACAGCGAUGGGCCGAUCAAUGUGAUCCUUCAAUACGUCCGGACAAAGAAGAUCAAUGCAGAGAUUUAAAAAACUUAAGCGUAGGGCAAAAUAUUGCUAGUGUUUUGGGUACUUCUCCCGGCCUAAGUGUAAAGGGUUUCGUUGAAAUGUGGUUCAUAGAAGUCCUAGAUUUUACAGGGAGUGUCACUUAUUACAAUAAAUCAACGGAUACCAAGACCAAUUCCUUUACACAAUUAAUAUGGGCUAAAACAGAAUUUGUCGGAUGUGGGGCAUCAAAAUUUUACGUAGAUGAAAGACAUGCAAUGUUAGAAAGACUCGUCUGUAAUUUUGCCCCUCGGGGCAAUUUACAUGGGAAACCAGUGUAUUCCAUAGGAUUUCCUGGAACACAGUGUGAAGACAAAAUGAUACCAGAUAAAAGAUAUAAGGGACUGUGUAGUUACCAAGAUGAUGCCACAAUUACAAAAUUAACUAGUCAACGACGUCCAGUGAAUAGUUUACUUAAGAUCCUGAAUUUAUCAAAUGAUUCUGUGAAACAAGACAUAGAUCCCAUCCGCAAUAAUUUUAAACAUAACUCAAAUAAUCAUUCUAGCAACCAAAAAAGGAAUCAAAAAACAAGGCAUAUUUUGUUAAACAGAACAUACGGAGCAAUUCUACAGAACAAUGAUUUUAACGAUUAUAGACGAGCUGGAAUAUACCAAUAUUACGACAUGAUCCCAAAUGCUAUACUUCGAAGUGGCAAUCAAAAUGUUCAAGAAAACAAGUCUCCGAAUGAUUCGUUAUCACACAACUGGAAUUAUAACAGGUCUUACAAAUUAAUCGGUGGAGCGAGAGUUAAUGACCAAGUACCAAAAGCUAUGACUGAGUAUCAAAAACAUAAACCAGAUGAACUAGACUACUUAUACCAUUCUUUUGAUUCCGAUUUGAGAAAAAAGCGCCAACUUGAAAAUCAAAUGGAAGUAAAACCCUUUUGGCAAAUUGAAAAUUUUAGUCACAACUUACCUCAACUCAAAAGUAUGAGAUUUACAACAUUGUUAAAUAAUAACAAUCGGAAAACCUCUGUCAAAUGGUUAACAAGUAUGGAACCAAUAACACAGAGAGCAACAGAUUACGAUGUGGUUCAGCCUGACCACGUUACAGAAAAAUAUUUAUCAUUUGAUGAAUUAAUGCAUCUUAGAAAAAAUAGCGAUGAAUACGCUCAAUACAACCUACGACGGGGAGGCAAUUUGCGACAGAAGGGGAAAGCUGCUCCAGCUAAGCCGAAAGCUGCUCCAGCUAAGCCGAAAGCUGCUGCAGCUAAGCCGAAAGCUGCUCCAGCUAAGAAGGCUGAUAAACCUACCACGAAGACUGAUAAAACUACCAAGAAGGCUGAUGUAACUACCAAAUCAACAUCAGAAUAUACUAUUAAUACGCCAUUUGAACGAGUAAAGCAUUGUACGAGAAAAAUUACUUGUACUUGGACAAUGAUUCAAAUGGGCGGCAAUGAUGGCGAUGGAAAGAAUGGUAAAAUCAAUAUAGGAAUGGAAGUAGGUUCAAGAACGCCUCCCGGUUAUGUGGAAGGAUGCACACGAACAUCCACUUGUACACGUGAUUUCCAGGACCGAAAUAAAGCACCCACUUCAUCUGAUGAGCAUUCCAGCGAUGCACCGGAAGAUGAAGAUUAUUGUGAACGUCGAUCUCUUAAUGUUCGAAGACGAAAUUCUGAUACCAAAACUUCAACCGAUCCAUUACUAAGAUACCUGCAUCACACAACUACUGCUACUGAGGUUGCCAGUACACCUAAGGAAAAAGAAGAGAAAAAAGAGAAGCAUUGCGACGGUCCCAAGACAUCAAAUAUGGUCAAACGAAAAGUUCUUUUCUAUGUGGUAGUGAUAUUUGUGAUGUGCUUCUAA